AUGUUGUCUGCGACAGCCGGGAGUCUCGCUACUGGUCUACUGGUGACGCCCCUCGAUGUUGUCCGGAUACGAUGGCAAUCUCAGAGAGUAUCCCAGCCGGUUAUCGACUUUGAGAAGCUACCCGCCAAUUUCCGAAAGAUAAUGAGUUCGUCUAAUGCGUUCCGAGCUUCCGAUAUUGGCGUCACGGCCUGCUGCCGUGAAGUUUUCUACAUGAAUGCCAAUACUGAGAUGUGUCUUGCUGGUGCCGGAAAAGCCGAAUCCGCCGCCGCUGCUGCUGCCGCCGCCGCUGCUGCCGCAAUGUCGAAGGACUGCGCAGUUGAACAGCACCAGCAGAAGACAUUCAACUCCACCAUGGAUGGACUUCGAAAGAUUGCCCGGAACGAAGGAUUAUCUACGCUUUGGCGCGGGCUCUCCCCGACGCUGGUCAUGUCGGUCCCGGCCAACAUCAUUUACUUUACAGGUUACGAGUGGCUACGUUUCAACCCAAACAGCCCUGUCUCGCACAUCUCGUCAGAGCAGUAUGCUCCGCUGGUCGCUGGCUCUUCGGCACGUAUCAUGGCUGCGACGGCUGUUGGCCCUAUCGAACUAUUUCGGACGAGAUUACAAGCAUCGGAAGGCGCAUCUACUACUGGAAUUCUGCAGGACACCUUCCGGGAUUUUCGGUCUAUGGUGCAGACACACGGAUACUGGUCGCUCUGGCGGGGACUAACGCUGACGCUGUGGCGUGACGUGCCCUUCUCUGGCAUGUACUGGUGGGGGUACGAGACAGUACGUGGACAGAUAACGGAGGCGAGAGAGCGACGUCGCGGCCGGGAACGAGUCCUGGACCUGGACGGGCAGCGGCGGGGGGUGCAAAGGCAACGUCGGCCGUCGCAGAGCCGCGAGAACCACAGCGACACCUUCCUUGACAGCUUUACCGCAGGUGCACUGUCCGGAGCGGUUGCGUCGAUCGCGACGAUGCCAUUCGACGUCGGCAAGACACGCACACAAGUGUUUCGGGAUGUUCAGAUGGCCGGCAUUGACCCGAAGGCAGUGUCGGCAGCGACGGUGCCCGUGCCGGAGGGGCAGAACAUGGGUCGCCUGCUGUGGCACAUCUACCGGACAGAGGGUAUACCCGGACUCUUCAAGGGCUGGAUCCCCCGAACCCUAAAGGUGGCACCCGCAUGCGCCAUCAUGAUCAGCAGCUACGAAGUUGGAAAGAAAAUGUUCCGGGGCAUAAAUGAACGAUCGCUAGAGCGGGAAUUCGGGGGCAACAUUCACAAGGAUGGGUCCUAA